GUCUUGACUGUGGUGGGGAGUACUCGUGUGCUGUUCCUCCUCCUCCUCCUCCUCUGCUUUUAUAUUAUUUUUAGUGUCAUGACAUUGAGAUAUAUAUAUGUGAGUUACCAUUGUGUUGUGUGGUAGACCCUGGAGGGCAAGACUGUACCCGAAGAUGAUGGUUGUGAGAGAGACGAGAGUGUGUCUGUUGCUGCUGCUGCUGCUGCUGGUGGCUGCUGCUGUGUCAGCUGAAUUAUGUGACGUCACAUCCGGCGAGACCAUCAUCAUUCUGGACAUCACAGAGAGUCAAGGAACACAGGUGUCACAACUAACGUCGCCCUCAGAGGUGCCAGUGGAGGGUGACCCUCACACCGAGGUGGACCUCGAGGUGUCAGAAGCUGGCAAGGAAUACUUCAUACUUAAUGGUCGUCGUCUGCAGCUGGUGAAACCGCUGGACCGUGACAACCAGCUGUCUACUCUCAGGUUCCAGGUAUCGUGUGCCAUCAGGAAUAGCACUCAGGUGCGCAGUAUACCUAUCAUAGUGCGUAUCACAGACAUCAAUGAUAAUGCUCCUGUCUUCUCUGGGCUGCCUUAUGCCGUUACUGUACCUGAGUUGACACCAGUGGGCUCAACAAUCUUCAGAAAGGUACAUGCUGAAGACUUAGAUGCUGGUGUUAAUGGACAAGUAGACUAUAGCAUCAUUCCAAGCAGUAGUAACCCUGAGAGUGAUGGCUAUGGCUACUUCAGUAUCACUCUCCCUCACCAAGGACUUGUUACUGUCAACCGUUCUCUGGACUAUGAGAGAUCAUCAGUAUACUAUGUUACUAUUAUGGCCAUGGAUCGAGCAUCAUCUGCAGAGAGUCGCCUUAAUGCCACCACCACCCUGACAGUGACGGUGGCUGACAGUGACGACCAGGAUCCUGCCUUUGAGUAUGCUGGCUGUACACGAGUUGGCUCUAUUUGUGCCAACCCGGAAUACAGUGCCUCUGUUACUUCAGGUGAAGUCUCUGGGGUCCUCAGUGUUAAUCCAGAGAGAAUUCAUGCAGCUGAUUUGGAUUCCCUGGCCACCCCAAUCAGGUAUUCCUUCAUGUCAGGUCGACCAAAAACAUAUGACCGCUACUUUGCAAUUGAGCCACAAACAGGAGCCGUCACCCACAUUGCAGCAGUUGACAGAGCAGUUACCAGAAAAUUUGAGAUUGUUGUUAAGGCAGAGGAGGAGAGUGAAGCCAGGAGGUUUGCCACUGCCAAACUAGUGAUCAGUGUUCAGGGAGUAGACUCAUCCCCACCAGUAGUGACAGCAUCUUCACAAACUGGUAAUGUUAAUGAAAAUGCUUCUCCUGGGACUCCUGUGUAUGAUGACCUGCCUCAGCCUCACCCCAUUGUUCUCACUGUGACUGAUCCUGAUCUAACUGCUGCUGAUGAACUUCCAAAGUAUACCUGGGAGCUGACAACUACAGCAUUCCGUGUGGCAUCGGGAGGCCAGCUGGUGGUGGCUGAGAAUAACUUGGAUCGUGAUCCUCCCAAUCCAGGAGUUUACACCUUUCAGAUUGUAGCACGAGAGGCCCGGGAAGGUGGUGCUGCCAGCGCACCAAUCACCCUCACUGUGGUUCUUAAUGAUGUCAACGACAACCCGCCACGACUACCAGUGUAUCCUCCUGUGUCGGUCCAGGCUGGGACAGCUCGCAGAAUCAUUGCACAGAUAUCAGCUAAGGACAACGAUGCUGGUGAGAACGCCAUGGUAAUGUACAGCAUCUACCACGUGUCUAAUAGUGGCCAGGAGAAGUUCUUCAUUAACAGCACUACAGGAGAAUUAGCGCUGGUUGGGGAAGUGAAUGCUGGUAACCAGUUCUCCAUUACUCUCAGGGCCACAGACAGAGGUGGUUUAUAUAGCCAGAGCAUAUUGGAGUUGAUGGUGAACAGAGGUCCCAACACAGGAGGUCCAGUGUUUACCUUGCCACGCUACACAGUUGCUCUGAGUGAAGGAGCUGCUCCUAACUCUGCUGUUCUCACACUUGGAGCCUUAGAUCCAGAGGGUGACCCAGCCAGCUUCUCUAUCAUCAGCGGAAAUGAACUUAAUCACUUUGAAAUUGGAGAAACAUCUGGAACUUUACGUUUAGUGAACCCACUGGAUCGUGAGAGCUUGGACUCGUAUAAUCUGGUAAUAAAAGCAGAGGACUCUGAAGGAUUAUUCAACACCGCUGCAGUCAGCAUUACAGUCAGUGACAUCAAUGACAAAAACCCUGAGUUUAUAGGACUACCUUACUCCUUCAGGGUCGAUGAAGGCCUGGCUGAUGCUGUGGUUGGCUCGGUUAAGGCAGAAGAUGAAGACUCGGGCAGUAAUGGGGAGGUGUUCUAUUCUGUGCCAGAGAAUUCUCCCUUCAAUAUUGCCAGUAACACUGGUGAGAUCAGGACCAAGCAAGCUCUUGAUUAUGAGGAAAAACAGGUGCAUUUGCUGGUAGUGACAGCCAAGGAUGGUGCAGCUGACCCUCGGCUCUCCACGGCAACAGUGACAGUGUUGGUCAGUGACGUGGGUGAUGAACCACCUGUGUUCUCACAGCAAGUGUAUGAAGCUAGUGUGGCAGAAAAUGUUGCAGAGGCUUCGCUUACUACUGUUGUUGCAACUGACCCAGAUACCAAACCAGUGAUUACAUAUGUCCUGGUGAGUGGAGAUUCCCAGUUGUUCAGUGUGGAGCCUGAGACAGGUCGCAUCACUACAACUCGUGGCCUCGACUAUGAGGCUUCCCCCAGACACACUAUUAUUGUUGGUACACUGGAGAACACUCAGGGUGGCCCACAGUCGACAUGUUCGGUAUUGGUCACAGUCGAAGAUGUCAACGAUAACCCACCUGUGUUUACCAUGCCACUGCGACCUAUUACCAUCCCCGAAGCAUCACCCCCUGGUACCUUGGUAGCCACUCUUCUUGCUUCUGAUGCUGAUGGUACAAAGCCUAACAAUGUAGUUGAAUAUGAGUUGGUGGGCUAUAAGAAUGCUCCAGAUUAUUUUAAUAUUGAAAAUGAUACUGGGAUAAUCACCAUCAAAACUGAUCUUCAGGCUGAACAAGAUUCUGACUUUGAGCUACAGAUUGUUGCUCGAGACGGAGGAGAACCUCAGCUGAGUACCACCUCAACAGCUUCAGUGUCGAUAGAGAGGAUGAGAGAAGCUCCAGCACGUGUUGAGGCUUGGGCAACAUUUACCGACACACAGUUCUCUGUUGAGGUGUUAGAGAAUGCUGGUGUGGGCACUCUGGUGAAGAGAUUAACUGUGUUAAAUAGACCUGACGAUGGUCAACACCUUCGUUGUGCUAUUACUGAAGGAAACAAGGAAGGAAGAUUUGGCAUAGAAGUAACAUCUGAGCGUCACUGUGGAUUAAUGUUAAAAUCACCGCUUGACUUUGAGUCAGUGCAGCAUUAUUCAUUGACAGUGGCUUUGGAGGCCCCCUCAGCACCACUGGUUACUGACAACAGAAUUGCAAAGGUUGACAUUAGUGUGAUGGAUGUGAAUGACAAUAAGCCAGAGUACAUAUUUAAGGCACCAUACAGUGACUAUACACAUGGCAGUUAUUUUGCCUUUGUGGCUGAGGACUCACAAAUAUCUACAUCAGUUCUACAAGUCACAGCAAAGGACGAAGACUCUGGAGAAUUUGGCCGCAUAGAAUAUGGUCUAGUACCAGAGAGUAACCGAGGUGGAUACUUUAGUAUCGGGGUCACCUCAGGCCUCCUGAGGACAGAGCGUGAGAUGUCUUCUGUACCACGUGAGCUGCUACCCUUCAACUUGACUGUGGUAGCUCAAGAUAACCCAUCUGGUAUUUCUGAGGAGCUGCACUCCACAUUGCCUGGUGUGUCGCACUCCACCUCCGUUUCUGUUAUUGUGAACUUGGUUCAAGAGAAUCAUCGUCUAGUGCUUGUUGUUGAAGCGCCUCCUGACCGGGUGAAGAACAGUCGUGAUGACUUAGUGGCCGUCUUGCAGGAAUACUCAAAUCAAAUCAUUGGUAUCGAGAAGAUAGAAUCUCGUCGGUUUGUUGGUAACACAAGCCUAGAGAGUGACACUAGUGCCACAGAUGUCUGGUUUCAUAUAGUUGACGCAAAAUCAGGCAAGAUCCUCGAGCGCCAACACCCAACUAUUAAGAGAUUUGGUACAGACGAGCCAGACAGGAAGACGCUGCUCUUCUAUGUUACAGCGGCGCUGGAAGGUGUCAGAGCAACAGAUGUACGAUCUCCCAUACUACAGUUACAGCCGGUAUCUGAAGCUCCUGAUCCUCCUGUACGUACAGCAAUGACACUUGAAGGCUUCCAGGUUGCUCUCAUUGUGCUGGCUGCUGUCAUUGUUAUCCUGGGAGUCAUUGGAAUAUGUUACAUCUGUUUACAAUGGAAAAGAUACAUAAGGCAUCGUGAUGAAGCAAAUAAAGCCGUGGUAGUUGUUGCACCACCUUAUGAAAGGGUUGGCUCUAUUAUUGAACCUAUUGCAAAGGAAUAUGAAGUUCAGGUUCUGCACAUGAGUGUUCCUAUGGAUGAUGAGUCUGUGCAUGAACUAACCUUGGACACCAGACCCUCUCAUCAUUUCUCAAUGGAUAAUGUAUCUUAUAUCACCAAGCAGCAGUUGAGUGAUGACGAGAGCAGUGGUAGCAGCAGGGAGGUGGAAGGUGUCAUGGAGGAUGAUCCAAGCAUCUCAGGAAUAUUACACCACCAUGACAAGACGGUGGGAAUAGAUUGGGAUGCUCCACCUGGUCAGCGUCACCUCCAACACAUAACUGCAAUGGCUUCUGCAACUCCAGGUGGCAGAAAUCCAGCUUACGAACAUUUUGCCGACGAUGAAGACGGCGGUGAAGGACCGCUUAGUGUCAGUACCACUAAUGAAAAUGUCAUGUUUGGUCGACGAGGUCUAACAGACCCUUCACCUGUCCAGACUACUACUGAACUUUAGAACGUAAGAAAAUGAACACAUGGUAUCAACACAUAUCUAGUGCUUGCUUGGCAAGUUACGAAGCUCAGUGGUUUAUGAAACAUGCCUAAUGAUAUUCCUAGCAUUUACAGAUUGUGUACAAAACCCAGAAGGGUCAUACAGUUCCUGGGAAAUGGGAGGUAAGCAGAUUUGAUCUGAAGAAGGGUUGGGUAGUUCCUAUUCCUUGAGUCAAGAACCUUUCACUGGUAUUAACAGUAGUACUGACAAAGCUUCUGGAUUUUUUAAUUCUCUUAAUGUCAAAAAUCCAAGGAAAGAUGGCACGAAGGGUUUCUUGAUGAAGGUUAAAGAUUUUUCAACUAAAGACUGCAAGUUGCCCUUACCUUGCCUGGAUAAAAUCUGAUUACCUCUCAUUACUCAGGUACUUUUACUCCCUAAUAGUGCUUCCUGUGAAUAAAAUAAGCAUCAGUUUAAGACACUGGGCAAUAAAAAGAAAAAAAUGUACAUUCAGCUGCUGAGUUAAGAUAGAACAUUAAACAGAAUACACGUUGUCUUCAGAUUUAAAGUGAAAGUGAGAAACCAUUUGAAGAGAAGUAGCUAACACAGGUACAAGAGAUGUGUAUGUUUCAGUUUAAGCCAGAAACCCUCUUCAGCAUAUGUACAUGUUACAGAAGGAAUAUUUUUUUUUUUUUUUUAACAUCCUGGCCAUCUCCUACCGAGGUAGGGUGACCCAAAAAAGAAACAUUUUUGCCAUCAUUCACACUGUCACACUCUUGUUAUGGUAGAGCAAAGACAUUUACACCAGAGCAAAAAUGCUACAUUAUCAUGCAUACAGGUGCCCUGAGGUCAGUUCAGGGUGGUGGAGAUGAAAGUCAAGUGAUAAGAGAGGGCAGGCCCCUGUAUCUGGGAACCAAAUUGAUGGACAUUGUGUGUGAUGAGCUUUGCUAAUGUAUAUAUUCCUCUGUUUUGCUCUGUGGUUUUGGUCAGGUAGAUAGUAAGUGCUUCAAGACAUCAACAUUUUGGUUUGUAGUUUUCAUAUAUCAGUUGUGUUCUCCUUUGAUCCAUGAGGUAAAAAUUCAGGUUACAAUAAACCACAUAGGUGUUGCUGGUGUCAUCCAUUCUGCAUGCAUACAUUUUUUCCUGAAGGUGUUUCUGCAGGUCUUGGGCUAACUCCACAUGGAAUGCUAUAAACUCCCACUGAGCCUGAAAUCUGCAGACAUGCUUUCAGGCACAUAUGCAUGCAUGCAUAAUCUGUGGCACCAACAGUGUUUGUGGUAGCUGUUGUAAAUUGCACAACUGAUAUACAAUGAAAAUUACAGGGCGAAACAAAAAUGGCUCGAGGCAUAUACUAUCCAUCUCGCCAAAACCAUAGACCAAGACGGAAAUCCACUGUAUACAUUAGCAAAGGCAUCCCUCAUGCUGUCCAGAAUCAACACAUAAAACCUAUAACCCAACUUGAUGCCCAGAUAUGGAUCCCCUUCUCUCUUUUAAUAUCACCUGACUUUAAUCUCCACAACCUCGCCUCAGCGUGCAUGUAUGCAUCAUAAGGCGAUGUUUUUGCUUAUUUCUGUGUGCCCAAUAAAGCCACACUGUGGCUGAAGCAUUAUAGAGUAAAGAUUUUCCUGGCAAAAAACAUCUUUGAAAUUAACACCUAUUUGUUUAUGCUAAUGCCUAACCUACUUUUCUGCAAGUUACUAAGUGUCUACAUAUUGUUAAUACUAUGUCAUGAAGUGACAAUUUUCUGGGUGCACCUUCAGCAGACAGUAUUUGUUCAUGGCUUAUUACAUGUACUGUAUGUAUUGUGAGGUGCAUAUAGGUGUAGUUAUCAUAAGCUAACUCUCCUAACUCGAACCAUUAAUAUUAGUGGCUGCCUGGGAGAAACAUUUGGUAUAACUUGGGAUAUGCCAGAUGUCUCCCAGUCAGCCUGUAAUACUAAUGUUGGGAAGAGUUAUUUUAUAAUUGGUUAAAUGUGCCAAAUAAUACACACACAUGUAAUAAGCAACACAAUUUAAAUAAUAUUGUCAAGAGUUACCAUCAUAAUGCAUCAAGGCAAUUUACUUUGGCCUAUUUCACAACUGUGACCGAUGUGAAGCUUAAACAUCUGUAUGUGCUGAAGGCAAUCUAUAACACUAUAACAAGAAUACCAUAACACUAUAACAAGAAUAUAUUUAAGCACCUCCCAUAUUAUAAAUGGGUGCCUCUGCAAAGACACUGACUGUGUGAACGAUGGUGAAAGUGUUUCUUUUUUGGGUCACCUUGCCUCGGUGGGAGAUGGCCGAUGUGUUAAAAAAAAAAACACACACACAUGCGUCUUAUUUAUCACAUCGAAAAACUUUUUUGAUAUCAACACAAAUCAUAAACUUUGAUCUUGAACUUGGUGCCAAGUAUUCAAGAUAUUUCUACUGUAGACCCAAUAGUUUUUUUUACAAAACAGUAUAUAUCAUAAACCACUAAGGUGUGCUUGUCACAUUUCAAAAUAAUUAUUACAUUGUAAUGUUUAUUUCCAGUGUUUAAGUCUGCCUUCCAACCCAAGUUUUAACAUAAAAUGCCAUGGUUUACAUAGUCUUUUGCAGUUGUAACACAUUUUAACCUCAUCUGUUUAUCCCACUUCUGCUAUAGUUUUAUUGACAUUUGUAUAAACUUUUAAUCGUAUGGAUUGCCUUGGUCAUUACAUUCAUAAUUCAUCUUUCAUUAUUCUCAGCUUUUUCUGUACAAAUAAAACUGAUAUCCUCUUAAUGCUCUGAUAAUUUAAGUGUUGAAUUUUUGUAUAUACAAUAUUUACAUGCGUGCAUGUAUGUACUUAUAUGUGUGUGCGUGUGUAUAUGUAUAGAAGUAGCUGCUUUUAUAGUAAAUUUUCUUUUUUUAACAAGUUUUAUUAAUGACCUCAUGAGAGAACAGUAUUAUCACACACAGUCAUGUGAAUGGCAGUCAUAACCUUGGUAUACAUUUAGUUGUGGAGACAAUUCUGAAAUAGCUUUCAGUUAUAGACGAAUUUCAAGCAUUUCAAAGAGUACAGGAGGGCCCUGGCUUACAAAUUGUACGUAAAUUUAAAUAAUUUUUCUUACAAAAACUAACAGUUCAAAGGACAGUCAUAGGCAGACAUAUUUUCUCAAUAUGUCUUUUAAACCAUGUUUAUAAGUGUGGAUCAUUGUAAGUACGUAAGGCAUUUGUAAGUCAGGGACACACAGUACAAGAAGCUACACUCUCAGCAUUCAAAAAUGUACAGUAACUCCUUAAGUUGUGGAAUCUACCAGUACUCUACAUUAUUUUACCAAGGAUUUUUUUUUUAAACAAACUGGCAUAUCCCACCGAGGCAGGGUGACCUAAAAAGAAAAAUGAAAGUGUCUUUUUAAGUUUAGUAAUUAUAUGGGAGAAUGAGUUACUAGCCCCUUGCUCCUGGCAUUUUAGUCACCUCCUCUGAUACACAUGGUACCAAGGAUUUUUACAAAGAUUAAACAGUGAUGAAUGGGACAUCAUACGAGCUGAAAAUAAAAAUUUGAAUAUACGGCAUUUUUAUUGAAGGGCAUUCACUGAAUAUUAUUUAUGAAGGUAUUCUGCAAAACCAGUUAGAUGGACUUCAAGGUGAGAAAUAUAGUGCCUGCACUCUGGGAGGAAGGUGUAGUUGCUGCAGUUUGAAGAAACACUUUGCAAAGAAAUAAAAAAAAUUUAAUAUUUUUUUAUUUGAAUUGCAGUGUCUGUGCACUUCUGGCAUGAAGGCUAUUGAAUGAAUGAUGGUGAAUGUACAGUGGACCCCCGGUUUAUGAUAUUAUUUCAUUCCAGAAGUAUGUUCAGGUGCCAGUACUGACCGAAUUUGUUCCCAUAAGGAAUAUUGUGAAUUAGAUUAGUCCAUUUCAGACCCCCAAACAUACACAUACAAACGCACUUACAUAAAUACACUUACAUAAUUGGUUGCAUUGGGAGC